AUGGAAAACGAGUCAAAUCUCAUAUCAAUAUCUAAAACAACGGUCGAAGAAGAAAAACGGGAAUCAAAGAAGAAUACCAAAGAAGAAAAAUUUGAAUCGCAGAAGACGAACAAUGGAGGAUUGAUAAUCUACGAAAGGUUAAAUUUCACACCGCAACAAAGUUCAAAAGAUAAAUCAAAAAUUAUUGUAAAAAUACUAAAACAUAUUAAACAAUUACCACAUUUAAUGAAUAAAGGUGAUCACAAAUGUUCAAGUAAAAAACAUGUUGGUAAAAAUGGUAACCAAUUGAGUGUACAACGAGCUAAGUUUGGUGGUGAACAGAGUUUUAAGAAAGUCUAUCACUGUGUUCUUAAUCAACAUUCACGCAGCACUACACCUACCAAACCCAUGCGCCAUUUCCGGCCACCUCAACACCAGACACCACGACACUAUAAUAAGGAUGAUUAUAAAGCCGAAUAUGAUAAUGACAACGAUUACGACUAUAGAGAUGAUUAUGAUCCACCAGAUCCCAAACCUGGAUGUCCAUUGCUUGAUGAUCUAGCACGUUUACUGUUAUUUCCAUUCAGUUGUAUACUUUCGUUGCCAUGUAUGUGUUUCGUAAUUUGUGCUAUCUGUUGUCAUGCUAUUUUGAGAAUAUAG